GGUGGCCGACUUCCGCAACACGUCGCAACAAGAAAAACAUCAACCUACCGUCGUGUUUACGGAAUACACGCUCUAAACACUUAUGGCAGCAAACGGUAGAGGGACCAUGAGGCCACAGUCGAGAUCACCCCCAUUUCUGAUAACGGGCCUCGUUGUUGCACUGGUUAUCCUGGGGGCAAAUUACUGGAACCUGUCAUCCAGUAAUGCCUCGCUUUCAGCUGAGGUGGCAGACCUACAGGACCAGAUACGGAUUCUCUCAUCCAAAAAAAUUAAUUCAGAGAGAAAGAAUGAGAAUGCUAUGCUCAGAAUCAGAGAUUUUGAGAAGAAUAUUAACUCGAAAGAACAAGAGUUGACGAAACUGAAAACAGACCUCGGUGAAUUAGGCGCCUCAAAGGACGCAUGCACAGCUAAACUGAAACAAAAUGAAGACAAUAUGAGUGGCAUUCAGCAAGAACUAGCAACAUACAAAGAUAAAGUACAGAAGUAUGAAAGUCAAAAGUCCUCCACUGUCACAGAGCAGAAACAAGAUUGUAGUUUAGUUUGCACAGAAAAAAGGAAAGAGUUGUUUGCCCAGAUGGAAAAAUUGGGCUAUUACCAAGCAUUGCAGGGACUGAGUCAAAGUGGAGUGGAUAUUAUGGAGUUUAAGGAUAAAAUUGGUUCUUUACAAGGUAGAGAGGCUGGACAAUCUCAAAGUGGCCAACAACAACAACAACAAAUUCUACAGUCUGGAGCAUCACAGCUAAAUAAGCAACCACAAGUAGGAGGACUGCAAGAUAUAUCACCCACAACUCAGCCAAGUAGAAAACAAACAUCUACGAAGAAACCAAGAAAGCCUGCAACUGGCUCUAUAAUGAAUGUUAAGUUUGGAGAUGGAUCUAGAAAAUCUGUAAAUCAGACUGCUUCACAGAAAAUCAAUAAAAACAUGGAUACUUUGAAGGGGAACACAACCCUUAGGCCUAAAGAGUCUUUAUCUGGUGAAGGCAGAGCACAGAGUCAGAAUAAUACUGCCACAAGAAAAGAUGUGGCUAAAACCCAAGGUGCACAGCUACCAGCACCAGGUCUGAUUAUGUAUAAUUCAAGAAAUAAUUCAAUAGUUGGUGAUGGUAUCCUAAAGGUUCUUCCUUCUUCGAAAGUUAGAUUAAUGAAAGGUGGUGAAAAUAUAGUAGAAAUGCAGCAGAAAAACAAAAGACUUGAUGCUAAAAAAUUAGAUUCAGCUAAAACAGAAUAUGGGAAAUCAGAUGACAAAAAGUAUGAUAUUGGGGAAGAGGAUGAAUACAUUGAUGACAAAGCCAGUGAAAAAAAUCCUAACACUAAGCUACAGAACCCAAACAAAGCUGGUGAAAAACAGAAAAAAACGAACCAGUUUUCUGCCAGAGGAGGAAUUACCGGAUCCCGCAGCCGACUAUGAAGACGAAGAUGAUGAGGAAAUUGCUGGAAAUGGACAGAAGGAAAAAAAUGACCGGGGAGUAGACAGCAUUGAUAAACUGAAGAAAAAGCUGGAUACUAUAUAACGAACAGAGUGGAAAACGUGACUUCCUCCUCAGAAAUAUUUUUAUACAUCUACUUACAUGUACGGUAUUAUUGUUCAAGUUGUUUUUCAUUCUUUUUGUCCAUAUUCAUUUAGAGUGUUUUUGUUUCUUUUCUGAUUUAAUAUUUCAAGGAAAUUUGAAUUUGACACCUAUUUUUUUUUGAAAGGUACUGCCUCUAUUCACCUAUUAUGACUCAUUCACUUGUUAUGAAUGAAAAAAAAAGUUACUACUUAUUAGAGUGUAUUUUAAAUCUAGCAUAUUUGUAGGUCUUGUACUAAUAAGUGCUCUCUGUCCUUACACUCAUUGUACUUAGGUGAAAUUCUGUCUUAGUAGUGUUCAUGACUUGGCACAUUAUAUAUAGCUAAUGCGUUAAAAUAUGAAGAAAGCAAAUAUAAGUACACAUACCAUUAUUUAUUCAAGUUUUUGAAUGAAAUGGAAAAAAAACAUUAAUUUUGAUUUUUUAAUUACUGUAUAUGUAAUAUAUUUCUGAAAAUGGAAAGUUUUGAAGAGUAUUUAAGAUGUAAUUAAAAAUUUGUUUGUAAAUGUUUGACAGUAUCUAAUAGUUCAUGUUCCUUAUUGAUUUAUCUUUAUCAUGUACUUUGAUUUCUGUUAUGACCGAGGGUCUCCUUGUCCUAUUAGUCUCCUUUUGUGUUCAGUGCCGAUUUGAUACUUGGCAUAUUUGAGGGUAGAGUCUUGUGACUCUGUAUCAUCUCUAGUUAUUUCUCUCAUACCAGGCAUACUGUACAUUCAUAUUCUUAUAUUUAAUUUAUGUAUGAAAUUUGUCCAUGUACGAAGACUACUUUCUACAUAUCAUAGUCAUUACAUCAAACCAUUCCUCUGAUCUCCGGAUCUGAAAUAUUCCAGUUAUGAACUAUAAUAUUUAUAUAAAUACAUGUAUCUUUUCAUAGCAUAAUAUAGUUGUUAUUGAUACAUGUUAUUGGGUGUGUAUGUGUUUGGUACUUAGAUGUAUUUUGUUUACAUGCUGUGAUCAAAUGCUUAUUGCUAUACGUGUAGUUUAUUGCCUUGGGAUCACAAAAUUCUCUUUCAGGCACAAGUUACUAAAAUGUAAUACAUAUAAGGUAAAAACUGUCUAAUUUAUCUGCAAUCUGUUUCAUUGCCAAAUCUGAUUUACAAAUUCCCACUUUCCCACACCGCUUUUAUUCAUAUAUAACAUUUGUAUGUCCCAGUAGAUGUCAGAAUUGACAGGUUCCAUUGAUUUUUUUUAUUGCUCACAAGACAUCACCCAUGCAUCUUACUAAAAGUAUAAAAUCACACACACAUGGAAGUUUUUUUUCUCUUCUUUUUUAAGAAAUAUGAUGUACUAUAAUAAUUUAAAAUGAUGUUUUGUAAUGUAAAUAUUAAGAACUUAUUUGAACAAAUUCAUUUUUUUUGUACUUGGAAAGAAAAUUGUAUACAAAUAAAACCAAUUUUACGUGUGUUGUUAAAACUUGUAAUUAAAGUUUAUCUUAAAUUAUAUUGGACAUCUGUUAUUGGUAUAAAGUACAUAUAGACUAUAUAUGUAUGCUUUUAUUUAUUAGUUCUUUUUUCGGUAAAAUCGUAUUGACUUGUGGUUUGUGAUACAAUAUUAUGCAUUUGUUGUUGUGGCCUCUAAUUUUUGAAGUAAUGUUUGUUUCGUAGACUGUAUUUUGGGAUAGAUCUAUUGUUUGCACACAUGAUUGUUUCAGGGUGUUGAUUCAAUGAGUUUAUUUAUGUGUUUCAAUCAGCAUGUUAAAAUGUGCCUGUUUUUAAAGAAUGUUUGUGAUUUUUUUCCCAUUAGACUGCACUUUUUGUAUGACACAUAAUUUACAAUGCAUCUUUUUGAAAAUAAAAAUACUCUUAUCCA